AUUUGGUAUCGUGUGAAGUACAUGCAUGAAUGAGCCGUAGGCGAGCCACCGGUCCAGGUGGAUAACAUUUCGUAGUAACCGUAAAUAAGCAGGGAUUUCGAAGAAAUGGCGGCAGAAGAGGGACAAGUGAUUGGUUGCCACGCCAACGAUGUAUGGACCGUGCAACUCGACAAAGCCAAAGAAUCCAACAAGCUGAUUGUGAUUGAUUUCACUGCUUCAUGGUGUCCACCAUGCCGCAUGAUUGCUCCUAUUUUCACCGAUUUGGCCAAGAAGUUCAUGUCAAGUGCAAUCUUCUUCAAGGUCGAUGUUGAUGAACUUCAGAGUGUUGCUCAAGAGUUUGGUGUGGAGGCAAUGCCGACCUUUGUGUUCAUUAAAGGCGGCGAGGUUGUGGAUAAGCUCGUUGGUGCGAAUAAAGAAGAUCUUCAGGCGAUAAUAGUGAAGCAUACUGAUGUUGCCACUGCUUAAAUCAGUUUGAGGCAUAAUAAUAAGGUCUAAUUUGUUAUUUCUUAAUCUAGCUAAUCGUAAUGGGGAUAUUAUAGAUUGGAUAUGAAUAAUGUAGAAGUUGUGAUCUCUCUUACUGUUUUGACUUUUGAGUCAUAUAUCCAUGCUUUUCUUAUUGGUC